AUGAAUAAUCUUCAGGCCAAGGAAAUCAUUGCUGAGGCUCGUUACUCCAAAAAUCGAGGCAAACAUUGCAAAGAUUUCGGUCGGAAAUGGAGUCCUGAUGUAAAAACAAAUUUGAUGGUGAAGAUGUUGAUGGAAUGGAAUGUUUGGGUGGUCGAUGAUCCUCCCCCUUUUCUUUACGGUUUGAAGUCGUUUGAAGGUGGUAACAAUGGAAUGACGCUGAGUUCUGAUGUUGGUCAAGUCGGUAAGUCUGUUUGAUGGGUUUUUUGAUGUUAAGAUUGGGCGAAGAUGAUGAAAACGAUGUUUUAGUCGAUGUUUAGAGUCUCUGAAAAAGUCCACGCGGCACGAAACCGUAAAUUCGACGAGCCGGAACGACGAGAAAUCACGUACGCCAGGAGAACAGCACUCAGAGCACAGCAAGAGGUCUUUCAACAAGAUUCUGACAAGAAAAACGAGGACAGGUACCAAGAACACCAUCAAUAACGUCACUCCACGGACGAGACGAGCUCCCCACCCCUUGGAAGUUGUCUAA